AUGCAAAUUGUCCACUUUAUUAUCUAUUCUGCAAAAGUCAAGGACAACAUCAUCAUUACUCAGUCGGCACACCAUAACUCAGCUAUACCACCCAAGAACAUCUCUCCUGCUGUGCAGCAGUUUCUGGCGGAAAGACAUGUCAUUCUCUUCACCUUUGAUAAAGGUGUCAUUCUUGGCUACUCAGUUCAUCUGUAUUGUGACCAGUGCAACACCAACUUCCAUCACAACUACACAGUGAAAGAUGGGGUCUGCACCUAUUACUCUGGUGUUCCAGAGUUCCUCCAGGCUGGAGAGCAUCAUUUUGUUGAGCGGAAGCUUGUCAAUCUUUGGAUUCACCUUAUACUGACGGCAUGGACUUCAGCUUCGGCUUGCACUGACACAUAUAAUGAAGUUUUGGCUCAGCCGCCACUACAAGACUGGCCCUUCAGCUCACUGCUUCGGCCCGAGCACGUCUGGGAUGCGUUUACCUUGCUCUGCCUUAUGGAAGACUAUGAGAGACGCAAAUUUGUUCUUCAAGUUCCGCACAGUGGCGAUCAGAAGUAUAGAUUCUCUGAUGCCACAUCAUGUGUCGUCACCAAUGGCAUGACCAUUAGAUAUCCUUGCUGUGCAGUUCAUAAUUGCAAGGUGCCCCUUACUAGCCGCUGCGAUCGCUUUUGCUUGCAGCAUAAGGAGUUACAUAAGGUCUGCUCCAUAAUCGGCUGUGACAGAGCCAUUGUCACAGGCAGCAAGGUCUGCAGUGACCAAACCCAUAUCAGUGUUGAGAAGGCAUAUAAUGAGCACGGCCAGUCUCACUUUCAGCUUCAACAACGUCUUCGCAGCGUCUGCAUAGCCAGUGCCGUGACAACCACAGGAGACCCUAAUGACAAGGCUGCAGAAGAAGACUUCAAUGUGGAUGCAGCAGGCAACACUAUCCCUGCCACCACACAGUUUGGUCAAAAGCGCACACACAACAAGCAAAUUAUUGUUGCCCCGUGUGGUGUUAUUAUUGCCCGCACAACCUUCUUUGGUGCAAAAGGAGUUCGCAGUGUUGCUGAGUUUAUCAAGCAGACAUAUAGAUCAGUGCCAUUUGUCCCGGACCAUGUCUUCUACAACAACAACUGCCACAUGAAGAAAAGCGUGGCAAACGAUCCUUUCUUUGACCACAUUGCACUGACAGUUGAUGUAUUUCACUUCAAAAGCAAGCACAGCUCAACUGAUCUAUAUUACCAAAGCCACUGCAACCUAGUAGAUUAUUCCGAGCUGCUAGGAGAAGACGGACAGGGCUGGUUUUUCAACUCAUCUAUUGCGGAGCAGACUAACGCAUGGCUUGCCAACUACCUCUCAAUCUGCCAUGAGAUGCACAGAGAUCGUUUCAAUUUCUUCCUAGAUGAGAUGAUCAUCCGCCAAAACAGAAGUACUGUGUCCAAACUUAGGUCCCAAGACGCCAUGCCAGAUUAUUGGUCUGCCGAUAUGUUUGAGUAG